CUCCUCCAUGUUCCACAUGACUUAUCCAUCCAUGGAACCUCACACAAUUACUUGGUUUUCUCUAUCUCUUCUCUUGAUCACUACUCUCAUUCUUCUUUCCAAGCUCAGAAAAGUAAGAAACCAAAAAAAGCUUCCACCAACCCCACCUUCCCUUCCCAUAAUCGGUCACCUCCAUCUCCUCAAAGAACCUUUCCACCGAGUACUCCACAAUCUCUCCAACAAAUACGGUCCAAUUCUAUCCCUCACAAUCGGCUCCCGUCCCGUGCUAGUCGUCUCCUCCCCCACCGCCGUCCGCGAAUGCUUCACCAAAAACGACAUCGUAUUCGCCAACCGCCCUCGCUUAAUCUCAGGAAAAUACAUCAAUUACAACUACACAGCCGUGGGAUUUGCCCCGUACGGACAGCACUGGCGCAACAUGCGCCGCAUCGCCACAACAGAGCUACUCUCCAACCACCGGCUCAACAUGUAUCUCAACAUUCGAGUGGAAGAACUGAAGUUAUGGGUUAAGAAUAAUUUGUAUAAAUGGGGUAGUGGGGGGGAUUUUGUUGUGGUGGAUAUGAAGUCGAAAUUGAAGGAACUUUCAUUCAAUACAGUGAUGAGGAUGAUUAGUGGGAAAAGGUAUUUUGGUGUGGAAGUGGAGGAUGUGGAAGAAGCAUUUGAAUUUAGAGAGAUAAUGAAGGAGCUACUUGAAUUGAGUGGGGCUACUAAUGCGGCAGAUUUUUUGAAAAUUUUGAGAGUGUUUGAUCUUGAAGGAGUUAAGAAGAGGAUGAUGAAAGCGAGUGGGAGAGCAGAUGUUUUUCUACAGAAACUUAUUGAUGAAGAGAGGAAAAAAAGAGUUUCACGUUGGCCGGAGGAAAAACAGAAACAGGCGAAAACGUCUAUGAUUCGAACUCUGCUUUCCUUGCAAGAAUCUCAACCUCAAUAUUACUCCGAUGACAUUAUCAAGGGUCACGUUCUGACGAUGUUGGCUGCAGGUACAGAUACAACUUCAGGAACAAUAGAAUGGGCAAUGUCACUACUUUUGAAUCAUCCAAUGACGAUGAAGAAAGCUUGGAUUGAGAUACGAGACUGCGUUGGAGAAAACCAAAUGGUGGAGGAAGGUGAUGUGAGUAAACUAAAAUAUUUAGAAGCUAUAAUCUACGAGACUCUUCGAAUGUUUCCAGCAGCUCCAUUGUUGGUCCCGCACGAAUGCAGUGAAGAUUGUAGUAUUGAAGGAUUUGAGGUACCGAAAGGAACGAUGUUGUUGGUGAAUGCAUGGGGCAUUCAUAGGGAUCCGAAAGUGUGGGAGGAUCCCACCAGCUUUCAACCGGAGAGGUUUCUAAAUUGGGAAGGUGUUGAAUCGUACAAGUGGAUACCUUUUGGAAUGGGGAGGAGGGCUUGUCCAGGGGUUGCCCUUGCCCAGCGAUCUAUGGGAUUGACAUUAGCAACUCUGAUUCAGUGCUUUGAGUGGAAGAAAGUAGAUGAACAGGAACAAAUAGACUUGUCUGAAGGAAGUGGGAUCACUAUGCCCAAAGCCAAAGCUUUGGAGGCAAUGUGUAAACCUCGUACCUCCGUGCUUCACUUGCUGGCUCAGCUUUGAUUUGGUUACCUAAUUACUAAUUAACUAGAAUAGCAUAAAGUGCCUUUGAAAUCUAUAUAGGAAUAAAAUGAGAAAUCAGCAAAAUAUUUAUCUUCAGAUCCACCGUCUAAAAUACCAAAAAUAGUUCGUCAACAAGGCCGUCAAUAACAAUUGGCUACUUUGAUUUUUUUUUUCAAAAUUCUUUAUACACAAUUCUUUUUUACACGAUUGUUUACUCGAUCGUUUACAUUUGGUUAGUCCAAUGAUUUUUUUGAAGAUUUUUUUUUACACAAUAGUUUACAUUUGACUACUUCAAUCUAACUGAUUUUUUUAAGAAGAUUUUGCAAUUUUUUGUACACAACCUAAAAAAAGAAGAAGAAAGACGAUGGAAAGAAACCGCAGCGAGAAAAAAAAAAGAGGAAGGGUAGAAAGACGAUGGAAAAGGAAAAAAGAAAAGAAAAAGAAGAAAAACAUGGAAAGACUAAAGGACGUAAAUAAAUAAUUUAAAAAUAAGAAAGAUGAUGAAAAAGAAAUUACAGAAAAAAAUAGGAAAGACGAAAUUCCAGUAGGAAGACGAUGAAAGAAAAACGAAUCGCAAAAUAAAGAUAAAAGAA